AUGAUACCAAGUUUGACCUCCCACGACUCAGUCGCAUAUACCGCCCCCGAAAGUACAGGACGGAUGAACCGCGACACCGAUUGUCGAGCGGAUUUCUACUCGUUGGGUGCGUCAUUCUUCGAACUUCUUACGGGUCGACCACUCUUCCCGGGAUUGGUCGAUCCGCUUGAUAUGAUCCACGCACACAUCGUCAAAGCUGCGCCAUCGCCAAAUAUCUGCCGUCCGAUUGAUGAGAUUAUCUUGAGGUGUGUUGCGAAACAUGUUGAUGAGCGGUAUCAGACUGCUGCUGGUUUGCUUGCGGAUUUGAGGGACGUCAAGCGGAGGAUUCAGAUAGCACAUGAUCCAUGUUGGAACGGGUUCGUGGUUGGAAAAGCAGAUCAUGCAAGUAGGUUCGUGAUUGCGGAUGACAUGUACGGACGACAAGACGAACUGAGCACAAUCAUCGAGGCUUUCGACUGCGUAGCCAAGACGGGGUCGCUAUCCGUUAUCACCAUCAAGGGAUUCUCCGGAGUGGGGAAAUCAAGGUUAGUCCAUGAAGCUGGGAGACAUAUGCUGGGACAUGGUGCGACGAUGGUGAGUGGGAAGUACAACCAAUACGACAACGUGCCUUUCGCGACUGUUGUCCAGGCUUUGAGUGAGUUGAUCAGGCAGUUGUUGACUGCCACGGAUGACGCACUCCUGGACUGGCGAGCGAAGAUCCGGCAUGCGUUGGGUGAGGAAGCGAGGGUCGUGACGGAGGUUAUUUCGGAUAUCCAAUUCAUCAUGGGAAUUGAUUACGCGACGAAUGCGCCUGCAUUGCCGGAGCUGCCACCACUUGCUGCAGAGGAGAGGUUUAAGCGCGUGCUGAAGAGUUUGUUGAGGGUAUUUACGACGAGUAAUGAUUCUGGACGGGUAGAGAGGGGAAGAGGACCGCUUGUUAUUUUCUUUGAUGAUAUACAGUGGGCGACGACGACUGAUUUGCAAUUGAUUGCGGGGUUGGUGAACGAUGAGGCGCAUGAUGCCAUGGCGAAUUUGCUGCUGAUAUGUGCUUAUCGCGAUAAUGAGGUCGGUCCGAAUCAUCCUGUGCAUACAGUCUUUCACCAGACUGUGCGUCUUGCGGCGGAGAUUGAGCUUGGGGUCCUUGAUAGGGCGAGUGUGGAGUGUAUCAUCGCCGACACUUUGCAUUGCCAAGAAGAUGACACACACUUGAAUGAGCUCGUGGAGAUUAUCAUGGAGAGAACAUUAGGAAAUGCGUUCUUUACCGUGCAGAUGUUGAAGGCGAUUCACCGUGAGGGUUGGUUCACGUUUGAUUUCGCGAGUAGUCAGUGGAUGUGGGAUAUCGAGGGUAUUCAGACGAUGCAGUUGUCUAGUGAUGUCGUGGAGUUUAUGAUCGGGGAGAUUGAGAAGUUGGAUGAGGACACGCGGGAAGCUCUCAAGGUUGCGGCGUUCUUGGGUGAUGCAAGCUUUAGAUUGGACACGCUCAGUAUUAUCAUGAACUCUAGCGUGACGGACGUUGCGAAAGCGCUUUGGCCUGCGAUUAUGUUUGGUCUCGUCGUGCCGAAGAGUCAAGGCUACAAGAGGACGAUCGCAAUGGCUGACGCAAGUCAGUGGAAUGCACCUGAGGACCGACGCGCACGGUAUCGAAUGUUCCAUGAUCGUGUUCAGCAGGCUGCGUAUGGCUUGACACCCGAGUCUGAACGGCCUUACAAGCACUACGAGAUCGGUAAGCUGUUACGUGAUAAUUUGCAGAAUCCGCAGAUGGGUAUCUCGAUAUUCGAUGUCUGCAACCACUUGAGGUUGGGGCUGGAAUACAUUACGGACCCUGAGUGUCGUGAUGACAUCGCAAAACUGAAUUUGGCAGCUGCCCAGAAAGCCCUGAGGACAACUGCAUACGCCCCAGCCUUGAUGUAUCUUCGGGUUACCGAGCAGCUUCUCCCCGUGGACAUGUGGGAGACAAGCUACCAAAUGGCGUUUGAUUUCCACUCAGCUAUUAUCACUGCUUUGUUCAGCAUGACCGAGUAUGAUGACGCGCUUCGGUAUAUUGAGACUUUGCGGGAACAUAUCAAGUCGGACUUGGAAGUGCUGCAAGUUGCUAUCCUCCAUUCACGCGUUCUGGCAGCGCGUGGAAAGUACACAGAAGCUGUCAAGAACAUCUCCUACCUUUCAUUAGUUGGCAUGAAGUUCCCCACCGACGAGUCAACUUCCGAGGAACGUCGAAAGCUCAUGCAAUCACUUGUCGACGAAUGUACGAUAACGCCGGUGGAGAUCGCAACCCUUGCGAAUAGACCAUAUCUUGAGGACGAACUCGUUGCGACUGCAUUCGAUCUGGCAAACGAGCUGUUUGCGGUGAUGGUUAUUCUAUCUCAUGAACUGCUUCAGCACGCUCUGCUCAACGGUAUCUCCAUUGUUAUCAAGCGCGGUAUGACGAAGAACUGUGCUUUCUUGCUCGCAAUUCAUGCUGUACGACUUUCAUCCAUUGACAAUGCUUACGGUUGGUCGCCCGAAGCUGCCGAUGCUUGGAACCAGCUGGCCAUCGCAUUGGUCCCUGCCACGAAUGACCCGUUGCUGGCUGCACCGGCUUGGACGGCUAUCGCUGUCACCACUCCGUGGAGGAACGAUAUCAGGAAGGCUCGCCCGUACUACGUGAAAGCUUUCGAGGCCGCUAUUGCGUCAGCAAGAAAGGACUUCGUCUUCCUGGCUUUCACGGAUAUGUCGUUCUAUCAAAUCCUCGCUGGUGAUCCAGUCCCAACGGUAUACGAUCAAGUGGAAGCGCAUGCUGGCCUAAUCAAGGGCUUGAAGCGUGAUGAUAGUUUCCUCUAUUUCAACCCGUUUCAGCAGUUCAUGAGGAACCUCCGUGGAUCUUAUUCACCAGACGUGUUCAAACUGUCUGGUGAUGCAUUCAACGAUGACGUCCAUGGUCCAGCCAUGGUAAGCUCUGGCCUUCUGCUGCCUAUGAGUAUGUACUAUCUGCAGAAGAUCAUCCUGGCCAUGGUCUUCGACGAGUACAGACUUGCAGCUAAGCUGUACAAAGAAGCCCUGCCUGCGCUGCCCGGUACUGCCGGCAUCCUCUUCGAGGCCUACCUUCACUACUGGGGUACGGUUGCGCAUAUCGCAGCUGCAAUCGAGGGUGAGGCAUACGAUGCUGAGAUGGUUCAGCGAAACCUUGAUCGCAUGCAGGCGUGGGCUACCCAUUCGCCUAACAACUUUGACGGUCUUGUCAUCCAUCUUCAGGCUGAGCAAUGGUUCAUCGCUAAGGAUUACCGUGAGUCGAUCAGGUUGUUUGAUCUGGCCAUCAAGCACGCAGAUCAGAAUUCUCAACCUCAUCAUGUCGCUUUCUUCAACCUGAGAGCUUCUAUGAUGCUCGAAGUUGCGAAAGGUCGCAAGAUGGCAGGAGGGUAUGUCAUGGAAGCGUUCGACUACUUUGGCAGAUGGGGCUUGGAAUCGAAUUCGUUUCAGUCGUCUGGAGCAUCACUCUCUCACACCAAUACUCAUACCAACUCCUCUGGCAAGGAAACCACCUCUUCGGGAUCAGCAGCUGAGAAGAUCGCCCGGAUGACGCUUGCUGAUCAGUUAGACUUCCGGUUGGCCUUGCAAGGUUCGCUGGCUAUCAGUGAGUCUCAUGAAGUGUCCGAAGUUGUGCAGAGGAUCGGCACGAUCUUGCUGCGUUGCGCAGGUGCUGACUACUGUGCGCUCUUGACGUUUAAUGGCGGCAAGCUUUUCGUUGAGGCUACAUCGACUUCACUGGGCACAAUUCCGUACACGAAGCGAUUUGCUGAUAGCAGCCUUGUACCGCUUUCUUUAGUCAAUUACGUGACCCGAAAGAAAACGCCUGUUGUGAACGACCCCAACAGUGUUGGAACAUCUGGCAUUGACAAGUAUCUUCGCACGAAUAGACCACAUAGUGUCUUGGUCUUGCCCUUGAUGAGCCAGUCGAAGCUUAUUGGUAUCGUAUUUUUGCAGAAUACCCAUGUGCCCAACGCAUUCAACAAAGAACGUCUGGACUUGCUUUCGCUGUUGGCUACCCAGGCUGCAGUUUCUUUGGAUAGGAGUCACGUCUUUGCUCAGCUGGAGAGCCUAGUACGUGAGCGUACAGCUGAAUUGCAAGAGGCAAAGGAGGUUGCCGAGGCUGCGACAUCUCUCAAAAGUCAGUUCUUGGCUACGAUGUCACACGAGAUUCGAACUCCAUUCAACGCUGUGAUUGGCAUGGCCAGUCUCCUCAAAGACAGUGACCUCGAUGCUCAACAACGUGAUUACGUGGAGACGAUCUCUUCCGCAGCUACCGAUCUGCUUACCAUCAUCAAUGACAUCCUUGACCUUUCAAAGAUUGAAAGUGGUAAGCUUGUCUUUGAGUACACUUCUUUCUCUAUCAGAAACUGCAUCGAGAGUGCAAUGGAGUUGGUCCUGGGUACCGUCAAGAGUUUGGAUUUUGCUUUCCUGAGCUCAGUCAAGGACACUGAUGACUUGAUUAUUGGAGAUCCGACUCGCAUCCGUCAGAUCAUUCUCAAUCUCCUCAGCAAUGCAUCCAAGUUUACCCCUGAAGGGCGUGUUGUUGUUAGGAUGUCCGGCCAGGAAAUUGUGCGCUCCCCUGGUUCGCGGAAGGCUCUGAAGUUCCUGGUAGCUGUCGAAGAUACUGGCAUUGGUAUUGCGCCAAACGCCAAGGAUAAGUUGUUCAAGUCUUUUUCGCAAAUCGACAGUGGUGCGUCUCGCAAGUUCGGCGGAACCGGCCUCGGAUUGAGUAUCUCCCGUCAGUUGGCCCGAUUAAUGGGUGGUGACAUCGUCGUGGAGUCUGAAGGAGAAGGCAAGGGAAGUUCCUUCUUCUUCAGUUUCACGGCAGAAUUGAGUGACAUCUCGGAAGUGCCUUUUUGGUCGCCAAGUCUUAACCCCGACCUUGUCGGCCGCGAAUGCAUCAUCGAAGAUGCAUCUGAUAUCAUUCGGAAAAUGCUUUGCCAGCACAUGUCAGCAUUUGGGUUCAACUGUAGAUGUGCAGGCUCACUGGAGGCUGUUGAGAAGUUAUUGCAGGAAGACGCAGCAAGCAACCCUCGCAGAACGGUUGACGUUAUUCUCACAAGUAGCUUCUCGGGUACGAUCAACAAUACUUUUGUUGUCGGCGACACCUUGCGGCGCUACAGAUCGGAUAUGCCUAUCGUACACCUGCUGUCCAACAUCCAGAACUCGUUUGCCGAAUCCCUCAGUCAGAAGGAUGACGACUUUGCGAGGAAUCUCGACAAGGCAGCCCUAGAUGUCCUGCUCAACAAGCACGCAAAGCGUCAAAAGGUCUUUGAUGUUAUACGCACAGUGAUGAUUGGUGGAAAUACGAAGAUGCUGCAGCGCAAUAACAUCGCUAAGUCGAAAAUCGAAAACUUGGCCGACGAAUACCCCUUGGACAUUCUCCUUGCUGAGGACAAUCUCAUUAACGUGAAGGUUGCCACUCAGAUCUUGAAGAAGCUGGGAUACACGGUUGAUGUCGCUUAUGAUGGAGCCCAGGCAAUCAAGGCAUGUGCUAACAAAGCAUACGAUCUCGUUCUCAUGGAUAUUCAAAUGCCCCAAGUUGAUGGUCUGCAAGCAACUCGUCGCAUUUGCGAGAUCAUCAACGAGGAGCAUCGACCAUUCAUUUGCGCAAUGACAGCGAAUGCCAUGACUGGAGACAGGGAGAAGUGUCUCGAAGCGGGUUGCUCCGAUUACAUCAGUAAACCCAUCCUCGUACCGGCCUUAGCGGCGGUGAUUAAGAAGGUGUCGGUGAAGAAGCGUUGA